GGCGAAGAUCGAGGCCGAGUGUGGGUGGGGUCCCUGGGGGGCUGCGUUUCAGGCGCCCCAAGGACGACCCGAAAUGCCUCAAUUUGUUGAUAAUGGAUUUGGGAGGAACUUGGGACAAUGGGAAUUGUUCCAGUAAGAUGCAUGCCCAGCACAUUCCUCUUGAUCUACCGUGGUGAUGAGUUGAGACGAGGAUGGUGGCCGGAAUGUUUGGUACUGCAUUCAUCACAGCUUCUGCUCAGCUUCGACUUGGUUCUCCCCCGCCCCCCUGGCUCGCUUGUGUCACCCCAGAUUCGUCUGCGAUCGGCUUUUCUUGCCCAAUCGUGCGACCUGGAGACCCAUCCCGCGAUACGAGUCGGUCAACUUCCGUCUCUCUCUCGCGAGUAUAGCCUCAAUUCCCGACAAACAUGGAACCGAGCGCCGUGGUUGUGAAAACGGUCCCGACCGAGUCGCCACGCAAGUCUGGAGGACUGCUCUCCGGUCGGCGCUGUUGAGGGGUUUUCGGGAUUCGUCCCAUGGUCGACAUCUCCAUAACCCCGGAUCCUGUGAGACUAGACUAUGCGCCUCCAGGCGAAAAGGGGAAACUAGUUGCACAUCUCUGCCAAACAAGCCACGCUAUCCAUGAUGUCUCUCAUGCACCAAGUGGAGCUCGCACUGGUGAGAAUUGCCUCCCAAUCUCGUGUUCUGGCUCGCCGCUCACCGGUGGUUGAUCCCGUCGGCCGAUUGCAGUGGCACCUGCUGGUUUCAGCCAUGGGUGGCUUCCCCGUCUGGGGCCCUUGACGCCGGACCUGGAGAUGAUCUGGACUCUUCCUCCGCAUCCUCUCUCCCCGCCCAAAACACUACAAAUAGCUCGCUGUGCCCCGGGACAAUGAUCGCUGCUGAUCAUUCCAUUCCCCAUCUUCUCAGCUUGUCUGCUCCCUGAUCCUAUUCUUCACCUGUAUCAUUGUUUGCAUUACAUACUUCCUUUCCCGUCGAGAUGGGAUUCAUGCUCAAGAAACCAGACGAUGCUGCGGGCUCAGCUGCCCCUGCCAUCCUUAUCGGCCUCUUCGUGGCCUUUGGUGGUGUGCUGUACGGCUAUGACACCGGCACUAUUAGCGGCAUCCUCGCCAUGAAAUACUGGCGCAGGCUUUUCUCAACCGGCUACGUCAAUCCGGCCGAUGGCAUUCCCGAUAUAACCUCCACCGAGUCCUCGAUGAUCGUAUCCAUCCUGUCGGCUGGUACUUUCUUUGGAGCUCUCACCGCCGCUCCUGUGGCUGAUUACUUUGGCCGUCGCAUCGCGAUGAUCAUUGACUCUGUUGUCUUUUGCUUUGGUGUCGUCCUGCAGACUGCAGCCACUGCCAUCCCCUUGUUCGUUGCUGGCCGCUUCUUCGCCGGAUUCGGCGUCGGUCUGCUUUCGGCAACGAUCCCUCUAUACCAGUCCGAGACUGCGCCGAAGUGGAUUCGAGGUACCAUUGUUGGCGCUUACCAGUUUGCAAUCACUCUCGGUCUGCUGCUGGCUGCCAUUGUCAACAAUGCCACCAAGGACCGCAAUGACACCGGCUCAUACCGCAUUCCUGUGGCUGUUCAGUUCGCAUGGGCAAUCAUUCUGGUCGUCGGAAUGAUCAUUCUUCCCGAAACUCCUCGCUUCCUCAUCAAACAGGAUAACCACGAGGCUGCUACAAAGGCGCUCGCUCGUCUUCGGCGUCUGGAUGUGAACGAUCCUGCCCUCGUGGAGGAGCUGGCGGAGAUCCAGGCCAACCACGAGUACGAAAUGAGCGUCGGCAAGGCCAGCUAUCUGGAGAUUCUACGUGGCUCUGUCGGCAAGCGACUUGCCACAGGAUGCGCCGUUCAAGCGCUGCAGCAACUCGCAGGUGUUAACUUUAUCUUUUACUACGGAACUACAUUCUUCGAGGACUCUGGAAUCAAGAACGGCUUCGUCAUUACUCUGAUCACCAACAUUGUCAACGUUGUCUCCACCCUACCCGGACUUUGGAUGGUCGAGAAAUGGGGUCGUCGACCGCUUCUCCUCUUUGGAGCGGUCGGAAUGUGCGUCUCUCAGUUCGUCGUCGCCAUCGUCGGCACAGCCGCCAACUCUGAGGUUGCCAACAAAGUCCUCAUUGCAUUCGUCUGUGUCUACAUCUUCUUCUUUGCCUCGUCCUGGGGCCCGGUCGCAUGGGUAGUGACCGGUGAGUUGUUCCCUCUCAAGGCUCGUGCCAAGUGUCUCUCCAUUACGACCGCCUCGAACUGGCUUCUCAACUGGGCCAUUGCCUAUGCUACUCCGUACAUGGUUGACUCUGGUCCUGGGAACGCCAACCUUCAGUCCAAAGUCUUCUUCAUCUGGGGUGGCUGCUGCUUCAUUGCAGGUGUUUUCACCUAUUGCUGCAUCUACGAGACCAAGGGUCUCACUCUCGAGCAAGUCGAUGAGCUCUACGCCAAGGUGUCGGUUGCCUGGCGAUCCAAGAACUUUGUACCGUCUGUGCACUUCACGGAUGUGCGCGACAUUUCCUCCUCCCGCAAGGGCAGCGGUCUGGCGGACUUGGAGGCGGACGCUCAAGCCAAGCAGGUCCUUGAGCAUGUAGAGAAGGCGCAGGUUUAGAAGACCACUUUGAUGACUUUUUGAUGUUUUCUUAAUUGGAUAUAGAGCGCAGGGUAUAUGAUAGUGUUUUCCAAGCUUCAGAAUUUUUAUUGCCAAGUAUAUCUCGUAAACCCCUACUCUGAUCAAGCCUAUGAUCGAGCCUCGAUUCGUGUUCAUGGCCUCAGGCAACAAACUACUAGCUGCAAUCAGGCAGGAGCCAAUCACACUGCUUUUGUG